AUGGCAAAUGAAAAUUAUACUGUGAAAAAUGUUGACUGCUUUAUAAUCACUGGAUUUGAUCACCUGCAGAACCAAAAGCUCCUUGGAUUCCUGAUCUUAAUAACCUACAUGCUCACAUUGCUUGGGAAUGGCAUCAAUCUGUGUAUCAUCUUAACUAACAGACAUUUACACAAACCAAUGUACAUAUUAAUCUGUAAUCUAGCAGUUGUUGACAUAAUGUUCUCUUCUACCUGCAGCACAACCAUGAUCUCAGUGCUGCUGGCUGAGAUUAAAACUGUUACAUACUAUUCGUGUAUCUCAAGGACAUACUUCUAUCAUCUUGGUGAUUUCACAGAGUGCAUGGCUCUGACAUUAAUGGCAAUUGACCGACUUAUUGCAAUCAGGCUUCCAUUGAGAUACCACAGCAUUGUAACAAAUUCACGAACAUUUCUGUUCAUUUCUGUAACCUGGCUUGCUGGUUUCGCUGUUAUAGGUUUUGUGAUAUCAAUUGUAGACAGUGUUCCAUAUUGUCAGCCUGUCAUCAGAUAUGUGUUUUGUGAAUAUGCUUCCAUGAUCAGAGCUGCCUGUGUUAAUCCCGAACCAUAUUUUUUCAUACCUGUCAUGAUAAGUCUGUGGCCAACGUGUGGACAGUUUCCUUUUAUUAUGUGCACAUAUGCUGUCCUGGCAUACAGUGUGAAUAAACUGUCCAACAACUCAAGCAAAAAGCAAAUGAUCAACACUUGCUUGAGUCACCUCAUUGUUCUGCUUAGUUUUUAUGCACCCAAGCUGGUCUCUGGAAUCCUAACUCGAAUAGGAGUUGUGCUAAAUUUAACAGAGCGAAAUGCAAUUUUGAUUGUAGCCUCUCUAGUUUCUCCCUUAAUAAACCCUGCUGUUUAUUGCACCAGAACUAAAGAGAUCAGGACACGAUUAGCAGAUUUAUUUUUGCGCAAAAGAAUAGUACCAAAUAAUUUUAAGUCAAUAUCAAUGGCUGUAUCAUCUUAA